AGCUGUGUUCAUAUCCAUAAAAAAGUGAUGUACUGUUGGGUACGUGAAUUCUCAAGUUCCACAUGAAUGGGGAAGGACAGGUGGUCAAGAAUAUAUGGCGACAGCCUAGAAUUUCACAUGAUCUUCCCUUCACCUUUUUCGUUUUGACUUUUGGUUCUUGUGCUGCUUGUAUUGCUUUCCACUCUUUAAAUGGUGUGGAAAUUUAACCAUUAUGAUAUGUUUAUAUGUAUAUGUGAAAUGUUUAUGCUCAAAAGUUUCAUCCCGUCGGCACCACAUACCAAAAAUGCUACGUACAUUACGUACCGAAAUAACCUUUGAUUCGCAACCUAACCUCAGGUGACGUAAAUAUCCAUCAUCCAAAGCACUAUAUUUCCUUUAGAAACUCACUCUCACAUCAUGGAGUUGUCCUCUCCAUCAAGUCUUCUCUGCCAUGCUUUCUUUUCUCGAAACUUUCCCCUCAUUCAUACCUGAAUCUAGCAGUUGGAAUUCUCAUAAAAGACUGCUUUUUAAAAAAAAAUAAAAACAUGAUGGGUUGUUUCUUCUCUUUACAGUGUGAAAGAGAGGCUUGCAUAUGUACAUCUUACAUUACUAACAUGUUCUCCUACUCUUGAUCCAAUAUCUUUAGUUGGUUUAUGCUCUGAUGCCAAUUGACAUUUAGGUCUGUGAGGAACCUUGAUUCUUGAUUUUUAAGUCCUUUCUUUCGUUUUCCUUUUUAAUUUUGGUGUUUUCCAUGUCCAACUUAGACAUUCAGCUCGAUACAUGAGAUAAGAAGCGUGGAGAAUUUUUAAACGAUUUCUGAUUCUCUGUAAUAUUUUAACCCUGCUCCUCUGAAUUUGCAAAUGGGCAAUUCCAUGGUCUUAGCGUUCUACAUCACAGUAUGCUGCGUUGCUUUUGUUAUAUCAAAGAUCAUCAUUUCAGUCCUCCUUUAUAGAAGAUGGAAAAGAAAGCAUAUGGUUUACGAAGAUGGCUACUCAGGUGGGAAGAUGGUGAUGUUUAGGUCUCCAAUGAUGCAAUCUCUAACAUCCGACGCAUUCUUGAAGAGGACACUGAAAUUGAGCAACAAAGACAUCAUUGGCUCUGGAGGCUAUGGCACUGUUUAUAGAUUGACUAUAAAUGAAUCCACAGCCUUUGCAGUUAAAAGACUGAAUAGGGGAACUGCAGAAAGAGAUAGAGGUUUUGAGAGAGAGUUGGAAGCAAUGGGAGACAUAAAGCAUCGAAAUAUUGUAACUCUUCAUGGAUAUUACACAGCUUCUCACUAUAAUCUUCUCAUAUAUGAGCUGAUGCCAAAUGGAAGCCUGGACAGCUUUCUGCAUGGAAGAUCUAUGGACAAGAAGCUUUUGGACUGGCCAUCCAGAUACAAAAUAGCAGUAGGUGCUGCAAGAGGAUUAUCAUACCUUCAUCAUGAUUGCAUCCCUCACAUUAUUCACAGAGAUAUUAAGUCGAGCAAUAUAUUGUUGGAUCAGAACAUGGAGGCUCAAGUUUCUGAUUUUGGAUUGGCCACAUUGAUGGAACCAGAUAAGACUCACGUUUCUACAUUUGUUGCUGGAACUUUUGGAUAUUUAGCUCCUGAAUAUUUUGAUACAGGAAGAGCAACAGCAAAAGGGGAUGUUUACAGUUUUGGGGUCGUCUUGCUGGAGCUUUUAACAGGGAAGAAACCAACCGAUGAAGCAUUUCUGGAAGAGGGAACUAGGCUUGUGUCCUGGGUGAAGGCAGUUGUUCAAGAGAAGAGGGAGGAGCUUGUACUCGACAGUAGCUUAGACAACUGUCCUGAGGAUGAGAUUAACAGUGUAUUCAGUAUCGCUUUAAUGUGUCUUGAACCAGAGCCCUCCAGGAGGCCUACCAUGGCUGAGGUUUUCAAGAUGCUCGAGAAAAUUAAAUCAGACAAUGUUUGAACAGAUUUCUAAACCUUGUUUAAAGCAAUUCUAUCCCAUCAUCAUAUAUUCCCAUCAUUGUACCACAUUUGUCGAUGUUCAAUGCCACAAGGGCAGAGAAUGCAGCUUAAGGCAGUAUACAAUGCAAUAAAGAUGUACAGACACAACAAUUUGCCCAGCACAAGACAGAAUGGCCGAAGACAAUCAUUACGGGAAUGUCGAAAAUGGUAACGGACGAUUCAUUAUUUAUGGUUCUUGGGAAAACAGGAAAAGAAAAAUUUG